UAGUCUCACCCAGAAGUCAGAACAAAGAGAAAUCACCGACGGCAACCACCACAGCAUCCCUUCUCCCUUCUCCCUCACUCUCAUCAGUCUCACUCACCCAAAUCCCUAACCCACUACGGCGCUACUUCCCUCUCUCUCUCAGCCAGGCGCCAGCAUCCCCGCCUCCUCGUCUCCUCCUUGUCUCUCUCUCAGCCAACAACAGCAGUCUCCAGCGACCCAUCAUCCGGCAAGCUGACCACCAUUCUUACCUUCCUUCUUCUCUUCUCGCCUCUCCUCUUCCCUUCGAACGCUUCUGCCCCCCACUCAGCUCUCAUCACUGCCACAGAGAGAAGUUGAAUCUCUCUGCCCUGCAUUGUUCCGCCGCUCGCGCCGCUCUCUGCGCCGCCGCGAGCUCAGUCGGCCACCACCAACUCUGGGCAGCACUACUUCUUCUCUUCUUCCCCUUUUCAUUUCCCAGUCUGUCUCUGCUACAUUCCAGAAUUAAGAAAUUGGUAUGAAUGAUGAGAAAGAGACAUGUAUGAGGAGGGGCCAGGGGGCAUUGAACUAUGGAUUCUAAGAGGAGGAGUUCAUGUUCUGUGGAGUUCUUAUAGUCAUAUGCUUUUUCUCAAUCGAAAUCGAAGGAUCCUUCAACAAGGUGUGGAUUUCAAGCAGAUUGAUCUAGAAUGGGACUGGGACAACUUCUUGAUUCUUCAAGCACUAGUUGGGUCCAUGGCUUGCUAUGUGUUUCCAUUUCUUCAAGAUCUUCCAUUAUGGAAUAUGAAAGGUGUUGUUGCUGCUAUGAUUCAGCACGUGGGAGUCUCAGAGCCACUUUACUAUUGGAUGCAUAGAAAGUUUCAUGAACAUCACUUUCUUUUCACUCAUUACCAUUCACUUCAUCAUUCUUCUCCUGUUCCGGGGCCAUUUACUGCUGGAAAUGCAACACUAUUGGAGCAUCUUGUUUUGACAGUGGUGAUAGGAAUCCCUGUUUUAGGGACAUCCAUAAUGGGAUAUGGAUCAGCAAGCUUGGUGUAUGGUUAUGUUUUGACUUUUGACUUUCUGAGGUGCUUGGGUCAUUGCAAUGUUGAAGUGGUCCCACAUGAGACUUUUGAAAGGUUUCCUCUCCUUAGAUACUUGAUUUUCACACCAAUCCUCUCACGGUUGAUGACGAGCUUGUUCCAAAGGUCGGAAUGACCUUUACCACCCUUGAAGAUGCCGGAAAAUUUUACAGGAACUAUGCCAAGGCUGCAGGUUUCUCUACAAGAGUUAGGUGCAUAAAUAGGAAGGGAAACGAGAUUAAGAAUCAACUGAUUACAUGUAGCAGAGAGGGAAAAUGGAAAUCUAAAAUAUCUCCAACCGAGAAGACCAAUCCGACAGCCGGUGUAAACUGUCCUGCAAGAAUUUAUAUACACACAUUGAAGGAUGUCGGUGCUUGGAUCAUUUCAAAGGUUGUGUUGGAUCAUUCACACCCCUGCUGUCCAAGCAAAGCAGAGAUGCUCAAACAGCACAGGGAACUAAGCAUGUCCAUUUGUCGUACGAUAGAGAAUAACGAUGAGGCCGGUAUCAGACCAAGCAAAACCUACCAAUCAUUUGUUGCGGCUACCGGGGGUCACCGCUAGUUAAAUUUUAUCGAAAAGGACGUGAGGAAUUACAUUACCAGGGAAGUGCGGAAUGUUUCCGAACAAGAAGAUGCAAAGGAAUUCGGGAAAUAUUUCUUAAGAAUGAAAGAGAAGAAUCCGAAUUUCUUUUUUGAGCUCGAACUCGAGGAGGAUCAAUCGAUUAAGCUGGCUUUUUGGGCCGAUGCAAGAAGCAGAGCCGCCUUUGAGUAUUUCGGAGACGUCAUUUCAUUCGACACCACCUACAAUACAAACAGGUAACAAACUGUCCCUGUUUAUGAUGCUAAAU